AAUGCCUAGAACUGCCCGGUUCGACGCGGCAGGUCAGAAGCUGCUGCUGUUCCAGUAUGAAGGUUCUCCGGUGGGUUCCGGUGCUGAUAGUGACCGCCGUGGUCGUGUGGUCCUACUACGCUUACGUCAUUCAGCUCUGUCUGUUCACUCUGAAGUGCAGCACACAGAGAGUAGUGUACCUGUCAGUGUUCCAUGUGUGUUUUCUGAUGUUCUGCUGGUGUUUUUGGAAAACUGUCUCCACCGGAUCCUCAAGUCCCUCCUUCACGUUCCACCUCCCGGACACUCAGCACUAUGAUCUGCUGGACAGUGUAGAGCUAAAGGGGGAAAUCCUUGACAAGAUGGCACAUGAGCUUCCGUUACACACACGUACAGCGACCGGAGCUUUCAGGUUUUGUCGACACUGCCAGCUGAUUAAGCCAGACCGCUGCCAUCACUGCUCAGCCUGCCAAAUUUGUGUGUUGAAAAUGGACCAUCACUGUCUCUGGUUGAAUAACUGUAUCGGAUUCUCCAACUACAAGUUCUUCCUGCUUUUCCUCCUGUAUUCCCUACUGUACUGCCUCUGCAUCGUCACCACGGUUACGCCCUCCUUCAUUCACCUGUGGCUGUCCGGGCUGUUCGACAGUUCGGCUAAGCUGCACGUGCUGUUCUUGACGUUGGUGUCGUCCAUCUUUCUGGUGACUCUGUCCUGUUUGCUGCUCUUCCACUGCUGGCUGGUCGCCAACAACAAAACCACCCUCGAGUGGCUGUCGGCCCCGUUUUUCCCAGACGGCCCGGAUGGCGCGGCAUUUGACGUGAGCGUAAGAGAGAACAUCCUCCAGGUGUUCGGCCUGGACUGGAGACUCUGGCUACUUCCUGUUUCCAGCAGUCAAGGCGACGGCCACUCUUUUCCCCUGAGAAGGCGGACCACAGCCCACCAUCCGAUCAUGGCGAAUGGCGCUGAAUGCUGGGAGCAGGAAGGCAUUGUGGUUUCCCAGCAGGGCAGCCCUGUUUCCAUAGCAAUAGAUGACUGACAGCUGUAUUAAUAAGGCUGUUUCUGAAGCAGUACGAGGCCCCGGGGGUGGUCAGAAGAGAGCUUUACUACACUACAUCAGCUGGAAAAUGAAGGUUUUACAGGAAGAACUAUUCAUAUACUCUAUUCCGGUAUUUCUAAUGUUCCAUAUGUUUAUGUUUCUAGUGGUACAAAGCUUUUUUCUGAUGGUGUGAGACGUCAGUAGCUAACAUUAGCGUAUUCAUAGUGUGGACUACAUGUACUGAAAUUCUGAAGUCUACUGUCUGAGAAUAAAGACAAAAGCUGUUUAAUACAAAAUACUUUUAUUUAUAUUUGUUCCUUCUUUUCUAAUGGCUCUGCACUGACAGUGUAGAGAAAAGUCAGUUGGGGAAACACAUGCAUUGAAGCUGGAAUGUGUGCCUUCUCGGUUCUAGAAUAUUAGCACAGUCUAGAACGCACCCCUUCGUUCUGGCAUUCGAAGAUGGAGAUCCUAGAAAGGCUGAACGUCAGUAAUUGUCGAGUUUAUUGGACAAGUCAAGUUUUGAAAACAC